UAUUACGGUAAUGUCUAGUGUCGCAAAGUGUCGCAAGACGCUGUCGCUCUCACCGCUCCCUGCUAGCACAAGCAAACGGUACACUUCUUACUUCAUGCAGGAGGUCGCUGGAGACGUAGAUAAGUAUCAGUACUGUUGCUGCAUAGUUUAUUUUAUAGAAUCAUCCCCUCAAAGCUGAAAAACAAUUUAUUGUCUGUGCAGCAGUGCCCAUCAUUUUGAGGAUGGACAACCGAGAGCUAGCUACCAAGCUAAUGUAACGUUAGUAACACCACGUCCUAGCUUACGCGAUCGAGCUGUGGAUAAAGCGUAACGCACACACGGACACGUAACAUGGCAGAGUCGUCGCCGUUGUCAGGGGUUAAUGUUGUUCUGGUUAUGGCCUAUGGGAGCUUGGUGUUCGUGCUGUUGUUCAUCUUCGUCAAAAGGCAAAUCAUGCGUUUCGCCAUGAGAUCCCGCCGCGGACCCCAUGCGCCCAUUGGCCACAACGCACCCAAGGGUUUGAGGGAGCAGAUUGACUCCAGACUGUCCAAGGUCCACGAGAUCCGCUUUGAACCUCGUCUCCUGUCAGAGGAGGAUGACCGGCUGAAGCCUGAAUCCCAAAUCAGUCAGUCACUUUAUUCAGCUCAUCAACUGUUGCCACCUGAAUUAUGUUGCUACAACUACCUGUACAGAAUGAAAGCUCUGGAUGCCAUCCGUGAUUCAGGAAUUCCUCUGCAGGAAAUAAGCCGCUCUCCCAGUGCGUUUACUGGACGCAACUUCAGGAACUGGCUGAUGGAGUUGCGCAACUCCCACUCUCUGAUCAAGAGCAGCCGCAGCCCGCUCAUUGACCGUUUACUCGAAGGCUACGACAGCGCUCGCCAUGGAACCGGGGUGUUUGGGGAAGUUGAGUUUCUUGAAUACCAGCAAGCUCUCGACGAACUGGCUGAUGUGGUAAAAGCCUAUUCCAGCACCACCAGUCUGGACCAGCACCACCAGUCCGCAGCAAAGGACUUGACGGGCUCUCCCAUCCGGAGCAGUCCUUCCACCAUCCAAGUCACCUACCUGCCCUCCACCGGUCAGCGCAGCAAGAGGCCCAAACACUUUUUGGAGCUCAAAAAUUUUAAAGACAAAUACAACACGUUGGAGAGCACUCUGUGAGAGAUCUCCACCCCGGAAUGACUGUCUGCAAAAUGUUUGUGUGAACGGAUAUACAGUCUGCUGGAAAACAUUUUUUUAAGUUGAGCUUUAAAGUUCACCCACUAAUUGAUUUGAGAGGACUUCUGUAAGGAACCUAUGCUAUUUUCCAUGUAAUUUCAAAGAAUCAGUUUGAUAAAUGUGCAUCACAUUGUAUAACCACUGUUAGAAGUUUUUUUUCUCUCAUUUUGCUUUUUGUUUGUAUCUUGGAACUAAUGCUCAUGUUCAAAGGACACAUAUGAUUGUAGCCAACAUGGCUCGGUUUGCAUUGUCAUUUUUGUAGAGUCAAUGGCAAGUCACUUGGAUUUGUUUUUCCAAGUCCAAAUGUAAACCAGGGUUUUUUGAUUUACUCUGUUUGUACAAAUGUAAGAUAUUUAUACAGACCUUCAUACCUUAUUUAACUUAUUUGUCUUUAUAUGAGGUUGAACACUUUCGUGGUUGGAGAUAAAAUCUUUGCAACCCA